AUGACGCCAUGCCUGCGCAGCAAGCGGAGGCAGGACAAAUCGAAGGGCCGGGGCAGUGAAGCAUUUUUGACGAUGCAUUCGAAUAUUGAUGACGAGCAAGAUGUCGUACCAAUAAAGACGAAUAGAGAACGGCGAACUCGUCGUCCUGUGUCUCUCAGCUCGCUCGAAUCAUGGUCGACCCCAGGUAUUGGGGAGGACGAGGUUACUCUCGUCGGUAGGACAAGCAAGCAAAGUCAGGACAGCACGAGUGAGGAUGAGCCUGUGACCCCGAAAGUAAGGAGACUCCUGAAAAGGCCUCGGCAGAUGUCUCAACGCGAACGGGAAGAGAAGGAUGACCUAGCCGAAGAUCUCGAUUUUCUGGAGCCCGAGAGUGACGCCGGAACAAAAACACCUAUAAGCUCGCGGUCGACGAAAAAAAGCGCUCGACAAGCUGCGCUAGAGCAAUUGAAGCUUCGGCGGUCAGGUGCUGUAGAGCCCGAUGCGGCCCGCGAGAAGACAGGAGAAGAGAGCGAUGGAAGCGUUGAAGACGGCGAGCUAGAUGUGUGGCUUGGUGAUGAUGAAGUUGCCGAGGAUGAUGACGAUCUGCAAGUUAUUAGCAGCCGUCAGAUAUUUCAGUCGACACAGGAGGACGAGGACUUCAUCGUUGAUGCGGACGAGAACGAGACACUUGGAGAAAUGGAAAAUGUUCCACUUGCUUUCACGAGCUUCGCAUCAGAAAAGCCGAAAAACCUCUUCAAAUUCGCUGUGGAAUGGUUCGUACAGAAGAAAAUCAAUCCAGCAUUUGCUAUCAACGAUGAAAUAUAUGACCUUACCUUCAAGAAAUUGGACGACGAGAUUCGGGGUUUAGCAGGGUCAAAGUUCACAUCUUCUGCUUGGACACCAGACUUCACAACAGCACUACAAGCUCGACCAGAAAUCAUGGUGGAUGAUUCUCCGAGUGGCUUGGCUCUUCGUGACAAGUGCGAUGCCUGCAACCGAAGUGGCCACCCAGCAACCUUUCUGAUAAGAUUCCUGAAUAAGCCGUACGACAAAGAGACUUUGGAAGAGGUCACUAGUCGGAACGAUGGUGACAGUGAUGAUGAAGACUCGAAUUCAGAUUCAGACUCUGACAGUCAAUCGCCAAAUCACAAACGUGCCGUUGAUCGCGAUUAUAAAGGCCGCAUUGUUCCUUCGGAGUCAACGGAGUUUUACGUGGGAAAGUUCUGCACCGCCAAUGCAAAGACGGCGCACGCACUAAGCCACUGGAAAUAUCAUCUGAACGAAUGGGUAGUAAUAUGGCUGACAUCGCAAGGAUAUUGCUCAGCUGAGGCACUGCUGGAGCGUGAUAAAAUGAGCACGAGAAAGCGACGCAAGCGUGCCAAUAAAAUCGUCGAUCGAAUGGUUGACGAGGGUGUGCUCAAGACUUUAUGGCGCGAAUUCAGAAGCACCGCCGAUACGGCAAGGAACUCCAAGCAAGGCCGGUAUGAUUUUGCGAGUCCUUGA